AUGAUCCUUGACUCUGAUGCGGACGAACCGGCAUAUCCUCAAGAGGCUGUUGGAGCAGUUUCAGAAAAUGAUGUCGGUGCGGCUCACGAGAAGGAGGAGACUGAAACGGCUUCUGGAGAGGACGCCAAAGAGACCGUUGAGGAUGCUAUUGAAGCGGCCGUCGGAGAAGGCGUUGGAGAAGCCGUUGGAGAGGGUGCUGGAGCAGCCGUUGGAGAGGGUGCUGGAGCAGCCGUUGGAGGGGGUGCUGGAGAAGCCGUUGGAGAAGAUGCUGGAGCAGCCGUUGGAGGGGGUGCUGGAGCGGCCGUUGGAGAGAAUUCCAGUGCAGGCGCCACUGACCUUGACAUUGAUAUUGAUAACUAG